AUGGGCGAGCGAUUCAGCGUCAUUACGCCGUCCAUCCGCGCUUCCACAACACCAUCGCGAGCUCGUCGCAGCGAGUUUCACGACCUGUUCUACAUGGACAUCGUCGGUGUGCGGUACAAUUUCGAUUCCCACACACUGGUCAAGCUCCUCCGGCGUCUUAAAACGGCGCCACUGUUCCAAGGCUUUAAAUCGGUGGUCCAGGGAACGGCAUGCCAUUCUAACAUUUGGCGAGUUUACUUCUGCUCUGAGGAGGCGCCAGGUCCUCUUGUGAUCAAUGGUCAUCCCGUCGACCAGAUCAAACUGCAGGGAGUAUACUACGGGGUGUUCACCCGCGACUAUGUGAAAUCUCCGAGCCCACGACGGGGCAAGGUGUCGGUCCACUGCCUUGACUUGGACAACUUUCCAGGGCAGCAGGGGUUUAUCGGGACGCGACUGUCUACACCAGACGCGGAUAACAAGAGGCAAAAGACCCAACCAGUAGAUGCAUCCAGAGGGACUGCCACCAGCGCUGUACCGGGAAGCUCUACGACGCGUGAGGCAAGCUUUUCACCGCCACCACCAUGCACCUACAUUGGACCCCAUGAGAUGGAGGUCGAUGCUGAUGGUGACGAUGGCUUGCACACGGAGACGACAUUCAUAUCGACGUCGGCAGCUGUUGACCAGCCUCCACAACUGGAGAUGGAGGUUACGUUUCAACUACCCAAAAAGUCGAAACGAGGCCGCCUGCCAUCCAACGAGGGAACUAUUCUCCUCUCCCCCAACAUGUAUGCAGCGCUGGACCAUUUCCAACUCGACAAGGCUCGCGUGCAAUGGCCAUCCGAGAUCCCUUGCAACACGUACACGUUGCAGGUACGGGAGCUCUCCCCUGCCACCUUCGACUCGAAAGAAUAUGUCCGACGCCUGACCCUCAAAGGGAACUCGAUGGUCCUGGACCCGAAUAACAUGACUCUGCAAGAGAUUGAACGAGCUCUCUUCGACCUUGAUGCACCUGGGCCGAUGAACGUGGCACUGAACGCGGCUUAG